AUGCUACAAAUUACGAGAGCUCAGAGAUGGGCCGCUGCAAAAAAGGGAGAGGGAUUGUGCCGUAAAACCUUGUUUCUACCCAGGGAGAGAAAGAAGGAAAAAAGAGACGGCAGGACGGGUGGCGAGUGUGGGCGGUUCAGAGAUGCAGAAAUGCAGGGCGGAAGUUGGCUCCGACAAGGGAGGCACUUUUUCUGGACACAGGUGCACACUAACACGGAGAUGAACAAAGACCUGAAAUGGGGUCUUGGGUAG